AUGUGGACUUUGGGAUCUGUGUCCAUGCAUUCUGUGCGUUCCUUCUGCCAUGAGCACAGCCCUCAGCAGGCAGUGGAAGCAGCUCCAGAGCAAGACACCAGUUGCAUCAUCUGCAUGGAUCCUGUGGGAGACAAAAAGUCCUACAGCACCAUGGUGUGUCCAGCCUGCAAACAUGCAUGGUUUCACCGGGCUUGCAUUCAGGGACAGGCAAUGUGCGCAGGUAUUAAAUGCUUCCAGUGCCCCCACUGCAGAGAUAAGGACAAGUUUAAAACAGAAAUGUGCAUCAUGGGAAUCCAAAUCCCAGACAGAAGACCAGCAUGGGAGGACAAUGAUGCCUAUGCAUUGCUGGGAAACAGGCAUGGGUGCUGCGAUGUCAGUGAGUGCCUUUACCAACGAGGCAGGGAGCAGGCAGAAGAAGAGGGGCCCUGGCAGCUGCUUCUGUGCAGUUCCUGUGCUGCAGAAGGUACCCACCGGCAGUGUUCCUACUUGAGCAACAGCACAGAUACCUGGGAGUGCAACACCUGUGCCAGCGUGAGCACUGCCUCUGGUGCCAACUCAGAUCUUACUGACGACAGCAAUGCCAGUGAGCAGGGACUGGGGCCAUUGCAUGGCUCUAUAGCACAUGAGAGCAGCACCUCCAGCCAGGCAGUACUGGGGCCAGCUCACAGUUCCGGGGUGCCUGAGAGCAGCAGCCAGUCGAGCCAGACCAGGAUGGAGCAGAGAACAAUCCACUCUCAUUUACAUCAGGAUGAAGAUAUCUAUAACCAGCUCCAAGGAUGUCAUGGGGGCAGCCAUGCAGCAGCCCUAGGAAGUGCUGCUGAGAGAUGGACCUUGAUAUCUUCCAGCCAUAGGGCAUCAGGAUCUUCAAGAGAUUCCCCAGAAGCUGGCAGCCACAGGUCCAGACAGGGAGGGUGUGUCCGAACCCGAAGCCGCUCCCCAUUACAAUCUCAGGCCCCAGAUUCCCAGAGCUGACCCCGAAGAUGCUGUGGGAUCAGCCAUGACACAGGUGCUGGCAGUUGCACCCAGAACUACAUCAGCCAAGGACCACCAGAGUCACCAAGGCAUUCCCCAGCAGCUGCUUAAAGAUGUGGUCCAGGAAGCAAGGGUGAGCCAAGACACAAAGCCGCUCCCCUGGACUAAGAGAAGACUGCCAAGGCCUUUCCUGGGUACAAUGUCGGGCUGAAAAUCCUCACAGCUGGUCCCAGCUACCAGAGAAAAGGUCAUGUGCUGGUUCUACAUGCUACAUGCUCCAGUUCAUGGAGGCCAUUGCAAUA